GCACAGCUCUGGAUCAAGGACCCAGGAGAAAAGGGAAGUGGGGGCAGGGGCCAGCUGUCGGCAUGCUCAGCAAGGAGAAUGCUCUAGUGGAAUGAAAACUGGCAGACCAAAUCCAGAGGAACCACAGGAAAUAUGGCUCUUAAAACCUCAAGCCUCAUCAUUCUGUUUCUUCACAAGGCCCUCGCCGAGAUGAGUUACCCUAGAACCUUUCCCUGUGAUAUCAGGAGGGAGAAUGCCUCCCUCAUGGCCGACUGCAGCGCCCGCCGGCUCAGGGAGGUCCCCGACAGAAUGGACAUCGACGUGACCGAGUUGGACCUUUCCGACAACUUCAUCGGGGCCGUAACAACGGAAUCAUUCCGAGGCUGGCAGAACCUCACUCUGAUAAACCUCAACAGGAACACCAACUCCGAGAAAUGGCAUGACAAUCUCAACCUUUGCCAAAGAGGGAUGACUAUCAAAGACGGCGCCUUCUUUAACUUAACAAAGCUACGGGCUUUAUUCCUGGACAAUAAUCAGCUAUGCAGACUGCCCACUGGUUUGCCAUCUUCCUUGACGACCCUGAGCGUCAUUCUCAACAACGUGGUUUCCGUAACUAAAGAAAACACUUCGGAACUGGCUCACCUGGAAGAACUCUACCUGGGAUGGAACUGUUACUAUGGCAACCCCUGCCAACAGUCAUUUUACAUAGAGGACGGGGCGUUUGAAAACCUUACCAGUCUCACCUUGCUGUCGCUCUCCUUUAACAACUUGUCCCAGGUGCCUCCCAGGUUGCCCCUGUCGCUGCAGAAACUUUACCUCAGCAAUAAUGAGAUCAGGCACAUCAGCGGCGACGAUCUGAAGGGACUGGCCAACCUGCAGGUCCUCGACUUGAGUGGGAACUGUCCGAGGUGCUUCAACGCCCCGUUUCCCUGUCAGCCCUGUGAGAAAGGCGCAUCCCUCCACAUAGACCUGCACGCUUUUCGGAACCUGAACAAACUGAGCCACUUGAACCUGUCUAGCACCUCUCUCACUAGCGUACCCGCCGCCUGGUUUUACAAUAUGCCCAAUCUCAAGGUGCUGGACCUCGAAUUCAACUUCUUGCUACCCGAAAUCGCCUCCGGCGAGUUCUUAGCCAAGUUGACCGGGCUGGAGGUGCUGGACAUAUCUUUCAACUACGGCAUUAAGGAAUAUCCAGUCUACAUAAAUCUCUCCGAUAAUUUCUCCAAACUGGUCUCUCUCCAGGCCCUGCAUGUCAAAGGUUAUGUGUUCCAGGAACUUAGGGAGCAAGACCUCCAGCCCCUAAACAAGCUUCCUAACCUCAGGACCAUUAAUUUGGGAAUUAACUUUAUUAAGCAAAUCGAUCUCAUGCUCUUCCACAAUUUCUCUAACUUGACAGUCAUUUCUUUGUCAGAUAAUAAAAUAUCACCUCUCGUAGGGGACAGAAAUAGUUAUAAGGUUUCGCCCCCACGUCACAUAACUCAAAAGCGCUCAACAGACGUCAAAAUGGAGCCACCCGUUGGCGCUGGCAUAAACCCAAACGUCGACCCGCAUUCCAACGUUUACCAUAUCACCAAUCCCUUAAUAAAACCACAGUGCAGUUCUUACGGUAAAGCCUUGGAUCUUAGCUUGAACAACAUUUUUUUUAUCGGGCAAAAACAAUUCAAAGGCUUUAAUGAAAUAGCCUGCUUAAAUUUGUCUUCAAACGGCAUCGGACAAGUUUUACACGGCACCGAGUUUUCAUCUCUACCUCACCUCAAAUAUUUGGAUUUGUCAUUUAAUAAGCUGGACUUUGACGAUGAUAACGCAUUCCAAGAAGUGCCAGGCCUAGAGGUAUUAGAUCUCAGCUAUAACAUACACUAUUUCAGGGAAGCAGGCAUCACACAUCGCCUGGGAUUUAUUCAAAAUCUAACCCAGCUGAAGGUACUAAACCUUAGCCACAAUGCCAUUUUUACCCUAACUGAGCAUAAGCUAAUCAGCAGGUCCCUGGAAGAGUUGGUUUUCAAAGGAAACCGUCUCGAUAUCUUGUGGAACCUUCAAGAUGACAGGUACAUUCAGAUUUUCAGUAAUCUCUUCAACCUAAGCCGACUUGAUCUAUCCAGCAACAUGCUUCAUGAGAUCCCGCAAAAGGCCUUCUUCAACCUCCCAGGGACCUUAACUGAGUUAUAUCUAAGUAACAAUCGAUUAACAUUCUUUGAUUGGACAGUGCUACAGCAAUUCCCCUCUCUCCGGCUGCUGGAUAUAGGUGGAAAUGCGCUCUCCAGUUUAACCAGUAAUGUAUUUGAGUUCACACCUUCACUUCAGACACUGGUACUGAGGAGAAACAGGAUUUCCCACCUUGCUGAGGGAUUUCUCAUGGAAGGACUAAGCCUUUCACACCUGGACCUGAGCUUCAAUCACCUGAAAAUCAUCAACCAGUCCACAUUCCAAACCAAAGCAACGAAUCACUUGACAAUUUUGGACUUACGAGGAAACCCCUUCGACUGCAGCUGCAAAAUCGGUGACAUCCGGAAGUGGAUGGACGAAAACGUGAACGUCAGCAUUCCCGGACUGGCGUCCGAAGUUGUGUGUGCCACACCUGGAGAUCAAACAGGGAGAAGCAUCAUAAGCUUAGACCUAACGACUUGUGUUUCAGAUACCAUUGCAGUCGUUCUCUUUUGCCUCUCAUUCUUGAUCACAAUUCAUCUUAUGCUGAUAACUGUGGCUCAUCACUUGUUCCACUGGGAUGUGUGGUAUAUUUAUCAUUGGUGCAGGGCUAAACUUAGAGGUUACAUAUCUAUCGCCACAUCAAAAACUGUCUAUGAUGCAUACAUUGCCUAUGAUACGACAGACCCUUUGGUGACAGACUGGGUAAUAAACGAGUUACGAGUUCACUUGGAAGAAAGUGAAGACAAGAAGGUUCUCCUUUGCCUAGAAGAAAGGGAUUGGGACCCUGGGAUAGCUAUCAUCGAUAACCUUAUCCAGAGCGUAAGUCAGAGCAAUAAGACGGUAUUUGUGCUGACAAAAAGGUAUGCAAGAAACUGGAACUUUAAAACUGCUUUCUACUUAGCCUUGCAGAGGCUAAUGGAUGAGAAUGUGGAUGUGAUUAUUUUCAUUCUGCUGGAGCCCGUGUGGCAGAAUUCUCAGUAUAUGAGACUGAGGAGGAGGAUUUGUAAAAGCUCUAUUCUCAACUGGCCCAAUAACCCCAAGGCUGAAGGCUUCUUCUGGCAAAGUCUGAAAAAUGUGGUGUUGACAGAAAAUGAUACCAGGUAUAACAGUCUGUAUGCAAAUUUCAUUAAAUAAAACUGUGAGGCUCCA